AUGGUCACUUCAUCUAUUGACGCGAAUCCUCUCGACCCCAACACUAUGCACAAGUACGGGCAAACUAGCUCACAAACUCACAAACUCAAUGAUCUGGACAUGAUCAUCGAGCGAAAUGUUGCGCCAUCUCCACAAGCGAUGUGUGCUGAACUCGCUCACCAACAUGCUCUUGAAGAUCUUCAUGAUAUGACAGAGCAUACAUCCGAACAGAGUAACUCAGCAUCCAGAACCGAACAAAACAAAGAUGCUAGUUCAACUCGUCGAUCCUCCGAACAGGGCGCUGAGCCUCGUAAGCCUGAGGAGUAA